UUUUUGAUUGUUUUAUAGUGGGGAAUACAAUAGAGCACUAAAGUAGGUGCUUGAUCAUUGACCUAUAAUCACAGAAUAAACUACAGAUUCGCAUGGGGAUUUUGCUUACCUGUUCCUUAUUUCAGAUGUCAUUUGAAGCAUAAUUUAAAGGAGUGGUAAUCAGGCACAGUCCAGUAAGGUGCUGAGUGAUUCUGAGGUGGUGCUGAAUGCUAUCCAUUACCGUGCUUGCAAUAAGUUUCAAAGGUAAUCAGUCUUGACAGGAUUUGAACCAUGACAAAGUACCAAGAUAAGAUGGGUCAUGAAGAAUGCGAAACAUGGAACGUAAGUUUGUAUUUCUUGACAGCAUUCAGCAUAACUUUUGUAAUUAUUAACUUAACCCUAAAAGCCUGAGGUAGCCCUUAUUCAAAGGCCUCAGUCUUAUUCCAUAUUAUCUCCUAACAACAACAUCUCCUAACAUUUCCACAAUGAGGAAAAGGAAGACAACAGAUUCACCUCGUUCAUCCGCAGAUCUGAGUGAAGGGAAGGAGAAAUUAAGACUGAAGCAAGAGGUCGGCCUGAUUAGUGGAGUGUCAUUAAUUGCAGGCACUAUGAUAGGCUCGGGGAUCUUUAUGUCCCCCGAGUGGGUGCUACAUCAUAUGGGGAGCCCUGCCAGCAGCCUGCUUAUCUGGGCAGCGUGUGGUCUCCUGGCCAUGUUUGGAGCCUUGUCGUAUGCUGAGCUUGGAACCAUAAUUAAAGAGUCUGGAGGAGAAUAUAUUUACAUCUUGAGGAUUUUUGGUUCUUUUCCUGCUUUCCUUUUUGCCUACACUUCUGUUAUCCUGGUGAGACCAGCUGGUUUGGCAGCUGUCUGCCUGAGCUUUGCUGAAUACGCCGUUGCGCCAUUCUACCCAGGAUGCUCAUCUCCACAGGUUGUCAUCAAAUGCACAGCUGCUGCCUGCAUCCUGCUUUUAACUAUCAUCAACUGUCUCAACGUGAGGCUGGCGACGUCUGUUAUGAACAUUUUUACAGCUGCCAAACUCUUGGCUUUACUGGUGAUUGUGGUGGGUGGAUUGGUGCUGCUUGCCAAUGGACAAACUCAGAGUUUUCAAAAUGCUUUUCAAAACACGACUGCAGGUAUUGGGGCAGUUGGAGUGGCGUUUUACCAGGGACUCUGGUCCUAUGAUGGGUGGAACAACCUGAACUAUGUAACUGAGGAACUGAAGAAGCCUGAGGUCACCCUUCCCAGAGCUGUGAUGAUUGCCAUUCCUUUGGUUACAUGCCUGUAUGUGCUGGUAAACGUGAGCUACUUAGCAGCCAUGACUCCAUCUGAACUGCUGUCUUCAGGAGCUGUGGCCGUCACUUGGGGGGACAAAGUCCUGGGCAAUUGGGCCUGGCUCAUCUCCCUGUCGGUGGCACUGUCUACGUUUGGUUCAUCGAAUGGCACGUUCUUUAGUGGGGGCCGUGUGUGCUACAUUGCUGCAAGGGAAGGCCAUAUGCCAGACAUUCUGUCUAUGGCUCAUGUGCGAUGCCUCACGCCCUCCCCUGCUCUACUGUUUACAUCUGCUAUGUCUUUAAUAAUGAUAAUAUCAGGAAGCUUCACCAGUAUCGUGAACUUUUUCAGUUUUAUAGCAUGGCUUUUCUAUGGCAUGACUAUUUCUGGUCUCCUGUAUUUAAAAAUCAAGAAACCAGAAUUGCCAAGAUCUUACAAGGUCCCGAUUAUCAUCCCUAUCAUUGUGCUGAUGGCGGCUGUGUACUUGGUGUUAGCUCCCAUCAUUGAUCAGCCCCAAAUUGAGAUCCUCUACAUCAUCCUGUUCAUUUUCAGUGGCAUCAUUCUUUAUUUCCCACUGGUUCACUUUAGGUGCCACCCUCGCUUUUUACAGAGAGUCACUUUACAUCUCCAGUUGCUCCUGGAAGUUGCUCCAACCACCAGGGAUGAAAACUGAGAUAACAUCCUCCUGGCAUACUGCUGCCUGCCCUCAUGGUUUAUCACAGCACCUUGGUUUUCAAGGCUCAGAAAGUAUUUUCUGUAAGGGAGAAUGAAUAGAAUGAAAGUGUCACCGAAACCUCUAGCUGAGAGAGACUACAGCCAUGACUCCCCACAUUUUCUUAAAAUGCGGGGGAGAUGUUUUUUAUAUUUGAAGCACUGCCUUGGCAGAUUACAUACAGAUUCCAAAAGAAUAUGUGCUUUUGAAUUUUCCAUCCCAAGAAGAGGUGUUAAUCAAAAUCUUAGCUCUUACAUUUCAAGCUAACAGGCAACAAAAGACUGACAGUAGAAUAUUAUUCCUACAGCAGGCUGUGACCCUAAGCUAUUCCUGGCAAUGCCUUUAAUUAUUUCCACCUAGUUCUGUCCACUGUGGCCAGUGAGCUUCUCAAAUAAAUAAAGCAUUGGCACAUUAUGUUUACAACAAAAAACCCUUUUCUACUCAGGUAUUGUCUCUGGGAGCAUGUUUUUCCCUUGCUCCUUCCAGUCCCAGGUACACAGUCACAACAGUCCUUUCUCUGUCUCAGUACAUGGUUCCACCCCAUUUCAGCCCCAAACAUCCUACAUCUCCUGUAGAAAAACCUCUGACGUGAGCCGAGAAGUGCUUUAAAGCUCAGUUACUUGACUCAGUUGAGAGUGCACUUGUGUGGUGGGUUGGCCUUGGCUGGACGCCCGGUGCCACCAAGCUGCUCUAUCACUCCCCUUCUCAGCAGAACAGGGCUGGGGGAGAAAAUGAGAUGGGGAAAAAGGACCUCGUGGGUCAAGAUAAAGGCAGUUUAAUAAAAACAAAAACAAACCCAAAGACCAUGCACAGAGGCAAAAAGAAAACAAAGGUUUUAUUCUCUACUUCCCAUCAGCAGGCGGUGUCCAGCCACUUCCUGGGAAGCCGUGCUUCAGUACACACAGCAGUAGGUCCAGAAGACAAACAUCGUAAAUAACGAAUGCCCCUGCUUCCUCCUCCUUUCUCCUAGCUUUUAUUGCUGAGGGGACGUCAUAUGGUAUGGAAUAUCCCUUUGGUCAGUUGGGGUCAGCUCUCCUGACUAUAUUCUGUCCCAAGAUCUUGACCAACCCCAGCAUACUGGCAAGGGGGGAAAAUGUUGGAGAGACAGCCUUGAUGCUGUGCAAGCACUGCUCAGCAGUAGCCAAAACACUGGUGUGUUAUCAACACCUUCCUAGCUACUGACACAAAGCACAGCACUAUGAGGGCUGCUGUGGGGAAAAUUAACUCCACUCCAGCCAGACUCGAUAGAACUUUUCACCUGGGAUCUACCCAUUCAUGGUGAGGACACAGGCAAUAUCACUUAAGUACCGACAGUCACCUAACACCCUUCCUGUAAUUCCCCCAAAGACAAAUAACUUCUCCUGUGAUGAAAUGAGCACAAAAGAAAAAAAAAUCUACAGCAUAUGUGCCAGCAAGAUACUCUCACUGUGAAUUAAUGAAACCACAUACUGGGCUACAUUAGGGGCAAUGUGGCCAACAGAUCAAGGAACUAUUCUGUCCCUUUGGACUUAACACUGGUAAGGACAGACCUGAAUUACUGCAGCCAUUAUUGAGCUCUGCUGUUCAUGAGGGAGUUGUGAAGACAACAAAGCCAGGCUCUUCUUUGUAGUGGCAACUAGGGUCAACAGCCACAAGUUAUGGCUUGAGAUGUUCAGGCUGGACUUCAGGAAAAUUUCUUCACCAGGAGGGCAGUGUAACCUUGGAGCAGUGUGCAGGAAGGUGGUGAGAUCUCAGUUCUUGUACAUUUCCCACCACUGCCAUUUUCCACCCAUUUCCAUGAUUCUAAAGGCACAGCACGAAAAAGGCUGUGCUCUCACCCACACCUAACACACUGCAGUCGCUGUUGUUUCCCAUUAACCUGAGGCUCUACCUUUUUUCUCUAGCUCUAGGGGAAAGAGAGACAUUAUAUGUUUUUUUCUUUCCAUUUGUCCAGAUUGUUCCAGGGUAAGACCUGUCCUGUUGUAGGCUAAAAAGGUCUAGGUGUUACUCCCUAAAAUGUCUGGUUGUGUCUGAAAGUACCGAAUGUCACUCAGGUCAACUCCCUGUCAGCAUUUCUUCUGCAGAUCUGUGCCUAACACUGUGCCCCUGGAACAGGGUCACUUGAUCCUCCAGGCCUCUUCCAGCCCAUCUCAGAGCUGUGUAUCUGAUUACAACCUCAUUCUGCAAUGCCACCCCUUCUGUUCCUCUGAGUAGUUAUACCAGCAGCUACAGAGAGUCUUUUUUUUCCCCAAGUGUUAGGUAGGAUAAUGGGACCAACGAGACAGUUGCUGCUUAUCUUCUAAAUCCUUAGUUUAAACAGUGUUUAGAAGGAUUUUCUUCCACUGCUUUUAACUGGAGCUUCCAAUACAGGUCAAUGAAGGAACAGUUUUCCCUCCUGAAUCCUAUAACGCAAAAUUCUUGGGAUGCCACCUUGUUCUCCCUCCCUGUAUACCCUGAUGGAGAGCAUGUAUUUAAAGGACUGAUGAGCUCAGAAGCUCUAGGUUAACUUCCCAUCACUGCCCUAGGCUCUUCAUCUGAUGUCAGGCAAGCUUCUUAAAGGAGCUGCAUCUCACCUACUUAUCUGAAAAUGAGGGUAAUAUUAUUUCUCUGAUUAUGAUGUUUUGGAAACAAUCUCUGUUUGCUAUUUAUGGAGCCUACCACAUGGGACGGUGCUCUUUGGAAAAUCUGCAGUCCAUAUCCAAAAAGUGGGAAUUUAAAGGCUUACUUAAAGGUUAGACAUACACAAUAUUUGUGGCUUUAGCCAUGUAUCCUUGCACACCUAAGCACAAUCAGGGCUGGUAUUGUCUGCACAUAAUUCCCAUGGAACAGGAGUUACUGCCACUGCUUGGUAUUACGGGUGCAGUUUACUACAGAUGAUGGGAAGAUGAAAGGAUUAAGUGGCUUGCUCAAAGUCACACAAGAAAUGUGUGGAAAAUGUGACUGUUUCUUCCAAGACCCAGUUAAGCAUCUUAUCAUGUAGCCCAUCCUUUCUUUCUGUGCACACAUGACAUACGAACAACAAUAAUGAACACAAAAAGAUGUAACACUUUGGAUAAGUGGCCUUUAUUUGUUAUUGGUUUGUGUAUGGAGAUAGGGGAGCUGAAAAGCUGCAAGUACCACAUUUUGCACUAAUCUCAUCUUCUAUAGAUAUUAUUGUAACAAGAUGUUAUUUUUAUUUAUGUUGCCUAGGGUUUGCAAACACAGGUGUUUAUAAUGCCAAAAUGAGAUGCUGAAAGCUCAGAGGUGGCAAGAUAAUGACAAUAAAA